AUCCUCCUAGCGCUCUUCGCUUUCUGCCUGGCGGAGGGAGGGGUUGGUGCUGACGGCUGGGAGGACGAGUUGAACGUGAAGAAAGCCUUGGGAAAGCGAUAAGAAACGAGGGGAAAGGGCCCGAGGUUUUUACCUUCCAUCGGGAAAACUUAUCGCUCGACUCUGAUUAGCACCCGAAGCAAGUGCAAUGUCGUCCAGUCGUCAGCUUAGUGAGAGCAGGGCCAUCCCGACCAGGACGGUGCUGAUCAACGAGUCAACGCAGCUACCUCACGACUAUUGCACCACUCCUGGAGGCACUUUAUUCUCCACCACCCCGGGAGGAACCCGAAUAAUCUAUGAUCGCAAGUUCCUGUUAGACCGGCGUAACUCGCCCAUCGCCCAGACCCCUCCAGCACACCUGCCGGUUAUCCCAGGAGUGACAAGCAAGAACGUCCUGAAUGAAAACAAGAGGAAGGAGGCUAACAACAUCAACAACCAUGAUGCCAAGCCAGGGCAAGGUGAAGAUGCUCAGUUUGAGAUGGACAUCUAAAGAAGAGGAACCAACGUGAAGAAUGAUUAAUUACCUGGUACCUGUGUGCCGGUGGCUUGGCUUGUAGAAUCCAAUGUUGUGAGCCCUCUCCUUUAGCUCUCUCUAGCUGCUGGGUGCUGCAUAAUCAUGGGGAUAAAUGACUAAAAGUUUGCCCAGUGGGGCUGCUGGAGCCCUGAAAGUUAACCUGGGAGCCUGUUGAGCUCUUUUUGUUUAGGUUUCAGGGCAGCCAUCAGCUGUACUUGUUUAAGUCACAGAGCAAGGGAAAAAUUCUGUAUUGUAAGUGCCCGGAUAUGUUACCAAUUUACCGUAAUAGACUCAUAAACAAAUCAGCCAUCAGAGAUUCACUGCUGAUAGAUCAGAGUACACUGUUCCAGUUGAUACCCUUAAUGCAGUCUGCUUGGUUCACAUGUAAACUGAUUUGCACUCAAGUCAGGAAAUGCGGUUAUCUGUAUGUACAUGUCCUCCCAAAUGUAAGAUCUUUUUUUUUUCCAAAAGGGACAGCAGGAUUAUCAUCAUACUUUUGAUUAAAAAAAUGAAAGGAUUCCAUAUUCAUUCCAAGUCUUUUAUAUCAGUUAAAACAGGUGACUUUUGUUCUAGAUUUUUAUUUUCAGGUAUUUGUAUAAAUAGUUUUAUAGAAUUGUCCAAAAACAGACCACAGACCUUAAUUCCUCCUUUGAAUUUAUAUACGAUAACAAUGCCAAACAAAUGUUCUAGUUUUAUUUAGAACUAACCCAGAAUACGCAUUUCAGUCCGUAGUUUUCUAAUUUCCUUUCGCCCUUUUAGCUGAUUGAUUUUAAGUGAAAACAUCUGAUCGCAAUUUUGAAAGACCAAACUGUUACUUGAGGUCAGAGAGAAUGUUUCUGUUCAGAUUUGUCCUGCUAACAGUGUGAUUUAUACCUACCUUUGCAUGGCGAGUCUCUUGAAAUGUCAACAUCAGCUCUUAAUUCACAUCAUCUAGUUAUAGGUAGACAAUACCAAGUACCGUUGUACUGAUCAAGGGUUUAAUAUACUUUAUGAAACAAUGACAAAAAGAAAGCUUGUCUCAGGAAGCACUUGCAUUAUGUACUUAACAAGUACACAUCUUAUGGCUCCAUUCAUGGGAGAAAUAGCACGGUGAAUAUUUAACAUUAACAUCAGCUGUGACAUCUACUGUCACUUUCCGAUUACUACAAUCCUUACGAACCUUGAUAAUCAAAUCAAAGGUAGGAAAGCACUGAAGUGUUGUUUUGUUCAUUUCAUUAUUGUCUGUCUCACAGCCACACAAUGUGAACGAUCCUUUGAAAGAUAGAUAGUUUUGUUGUGACCAGACAUUCAUGUUUUGAUUCAGAUCAAACAUCUUGAACUGAAUCUUUCCAAUGCUCUUCUAUGCAUGUUCUUUUGGUCUGCUUUUUUGUCUUUAGUUCACAGAUCAUUAAAAUGUUGUUGAGUUUUUUUGGGAUGCCAAAUCUUGUGGAAGACGAGAAGAUUUGAUUAAUUUUGAAAUAGAAUUAAGCAAAGAGAUUAUCCAAACAAAGUGACCUAAAGAGGAUAAGACUUAUUCUCAUGACUUUAAUUGUCUCGUUCUGUGUUCCGGUCAAUCUCUGAAGCACAGAAUUUCUCUCUCUCUCUCUCUCUCUCUCUCUCUCUCUCUCUCUCUCUCUCUCUCUCUCUCUCUCUCUCUAUCUCUCGCGCUCUCUCUCUCUCUCACACACACACAGACACACACACACAGUGAUUUCUUGUGCUUAGCCUCUGCAUCCAUGCCUUACUUUACUAAGCUGAGCAGCUGUGUCAAAUACAGUUCCCUUUCAUACCUUAAAUACAGGAUCAGUUCCUUUCUGUUUGAUUUCUUUCCAACUUUCAAGUUGAGGAUAAGAUCAAGAUAUUGCUAUGUUUUACUAGAAAACAUUAUAUUUUUGGAAACAUGUUUGUUAUUAUUUACUUUCUUACAGAAAUGGAAAGAUACAGCAGUGUAAUAUUUGUAAUAGUAUUGGACUGGUUAAAAAAAUAAUCACGGUUUAGGUGUCAAAUCCCAAUUUGUUUAAACUCUGAAGUAUGGACGUUUAGUUUGCUUUUUUUUUUUUUACUUCUAAAAAAAAAAAAAAGCAUCACUGCUUACUUUUUCUUCAUACUUUCCCCUGGUCUCAGAAACGUUCAGAAAUGCAUUUAGCUCUCUUUUUUGAUGGGAUUUAGGAUGAAAGAUUUAUCUAAUGUGGCAGAAAUUGGAAACUGUAUUUUCUUUCUUCUUUGAGACCCUGUUCAAUUUAAUUUUAAUGAAAUGCCAAUGCCAGUGGACACUGUUACAGCAAGAUCAAUAAAAGUUCCUAGAUAUCAA